UUCUGUGAGGCAAAACACGGCGUAGGAAAAGCUUGAGCCAUUUUACGAUUAUAACGUGCAAGACUCCGCACAUCGAACUCCCCACGCACGCCACAAAGAGAAAUGACUGCUCAUAAAUCAACCAUCCUGGUAAUACCAACACACUGAUCCGGCACGAUGUUGUCUUCAAGUCGUGAAUCCCUUGGGCGUUCAAGCCUCCCUGAGCUCCCCUUCUACUCGCGCAAACCAGCCACGGUCAAAAUCCCCAAAUCCUGGCAGUUCCUGAGCCAGCAACAGCGGCGAGAGAAUUGGUUCGACUCGCACAGCAUCUACGCCAAGAAGAAAAACUCCAACAGCCUACCACGACCAGGCCAUCGUGAUGUCCUGACCAGAGAGGCAACUGAUGUCCACCUCCGGAGGGAACAGGGCUACAUGAGAGAAAUCACUGGCUUCCCUGUCAUACCACACAUCAGCGGCAGCGCCAGCCACCGGAGAGGUCGAUCCAUUCUCCGCCGACAAACAGCAAACAACAUCAGUCAGGAGUACCGCUGGGUCCACAACGGCCUGAACGGGAAGAUGGUCUUGACCACUCAGAGAUACCGGCACAUCCUGCCUCCACCGCUGAGCAACCACCGAGAAAAAGACUCCCAUCUGCACUACUGCGAGGUGCUGGGUCAGAGAACCUGCUCCCAGUGUGUCGAGGAGGCCAAUCGGCAGAUGGCAGCAGAGUACCAGCAGGAAGCCUUUCCUGGACUGGAAGUCACUGCCGCUAGCUUAGUAGCUCCUAAGCUCUCAAAGACCAUGAUGUCAUCCCGGGACAGCCCAAGGAAACAGGCGACUGCUCCCAAAUCCCAGCUCUCCCUGAAUCCAUUUGAUACAGCUACCACGCCUCCUCCUUACCGGAUCUCAUCAGCUUUCACUCAGGAUCGAUACCAGAUCAGUAUCUCCAAGGAGAAGAUGCUGAAAUCACUAAUGAAGACUCUGCGUAGGGACCGGACCCAGAUGAGAGAGACAAGGACAGUUGGCAAAGUGCCACAACUACAAAGAAUCAAAAGUAAUCCUUCGAGUUCCUUGCCAACACAAACAGUUAAGGCACUCAGGUAGUACUGAUGGAUGCCUUAUAUGGGACUAGUACAGCAUGGAGAUAAAACAGGUUUUCAAACGUGAAAAAUAAGUUCUUUUGUCAGGUUAUGGCUAGUCAUUCGGUCCACAAGCCAAAAUUUCCCAGAGCUGCAAUGCACACAAAUUAACUGAAUGCCAAAAGAUUUUCUUGUACAUGCAGUACAUCUGAUUUUGUUAUUCCGUCUCAGCUAAAUUGUGGUUGUAUUAUGCAGCAUUCUAUCGGCAGUAUUAUAAAGAUGAAACCUAAAUAUGCUACGAUUAGGGAUCUCUUAAGAAAUUACAAUCCAUUAUUUUUAAAAGAAAAGGUAUUUUAAAAGACUACCUGAUGGAUUUACAUGUGUCUAGAGAGUGCAUGCCAGGGUGCUAGCUUCAGAAGUCUGUAGACAGAUUAUCCGAUUCCAGUAAACAGUCACAAAAUUCUUGCUUGUAAAACUUCCUUUAGUGAUUUAUUCAGAGAAGAAAAAGAGCUAACAUAACUUACAAUAAUCAAUUGCAAUUAUAUGAGAGUCAUAACAGAUCAUCCCAAGUCAAUCAGUAGUCAUUCACACUCCGGUUCAUAAGUGUGACGUCACUUCAGUUUAAGCCACGCCCACUGCACACGUGCACUGCUCAUAGGGUUACAUGCUUUGAUCACCGUUUACAUGGAAUCAAAGAACCACAAGUUAACGCGCAACUUCAGCAAUUGUCCAAUGAGAGUAUGCAAAUCAUGGCGCAUCCUCCAUUGUGACGAAGUAACUUACGAACCGGAUACAUCCAGUCGCAAGUACGGUACUGGUACAUGUACACAUAACAGAUCGGUAAUGCAAAGGCUUUCAUUU